AUGGGGCUUCAACAUCAAGUGUUUUUGGGUCCUGUUUUGCACUCUUCUUUUGGAGAAGGGCCCGGCGGAGAGUCCGAAGUUGCCCUCCGGAAGCGAGACGCGCGCUGGCGCGCCUUGCGCCUCCUGCCUUCCAGCGGGAGCUUUGCGCGGAAAGCCGCCUCUCCCUGCGGCGGCUGGAGGGGGGACCCGCUUGGUCCGCACGCGGAGCCCGGGAAGGAGGACGUGGGCACGGACCCGUGGGGACCUGGCUCUGCAGGAGGGAAGCGGGCUGGAUCCACAUGGGCAGGUCGUCGCCUAGGCCUCGCCUGUGGUGCGGGCUGGCGGCGAGGUACCAGAAUCAUCUACGACCGCAAGUUUUUGUUAGAUCGGCGCAAUUCUCCCAUGGCUCAGACCCCUCCUUGCCACCUUCCCAAUAUUCCAGGAGUUACCAGUCCUGGUUCAGUGACGGAGGAUUCCAAAGUGGAAGUAAACAAUCUGAACAAUCAUGACGGGAAACCUGUAAUUGGUGAUGAUGCUCAAUUUGAGAUGGACAUCUGAUUUUCCCUGAGGGUAACCAUGGAGAGACAGCAAUUCCUGAUCACCUGUGUACAUCUGAUUUUGACCAUCAGGUUCAAUAACUCGAAGGAUGGAAGAAGAAGCUGCUGUUUCCACAGAAUUUUCACUUCAGCUUUUGAAGUGCCAAAGGAUAAGAGGACUGUUUUCCCCUCUCCUUGAUUUCCAUUAACCAUACCAUGCUUCCUACCCACCCCCACUCCUGUGCUUGCCUUACUCACUCCCUAUGAACUGACUUGGAGCCCAUGAUAAAUUUAUACAGCUAAGGAGUGUCCCUUGGCUUCUCGCACUUUAGAGACAACUUCUCAAAUCAUGCACAUGCGAGAAUUUAACCUCUAUCAGCAAUUGGAUAUUUAUUGCAAAACACACAAGGGCCAUGGAAGGGGUGGAUAUAUGUUUGAAGUGAUAUGACACUGGCAUUGUUCUCCUUUCCCUUAACUGCUGUUAAAUUGAUGUCAGUUAUUAACUGGUUUCUAUGUUAUAUCUUCUGUUGAUGUGCAGAAUGCACUCUCUUUGAUACUUCUAAAUCCUGUUGCUCGUCUUUUCUAGUUAGUAUAUCGUUUCAUGUGGGCGCUGCUGUGGGAUUUUCCUAAAAGAGUAUUAUUGGAGUUUUUUUUUCCACUUUCCCUGAAAAUUUCUUUAAAAAAAGAAGAGAUAAAUAACUUAGAAUCAUCACUUCAUCAUGCACUCGUUUCGCUUUGCAUUUCAUACCAAUAUCAUUUCAAAACAAAAGUUUAUCUCCAAUUUGUUUAAACCCACCAGUGUUAAAGGGGAACCACAUUUUUUCCUAAUAUAAAUUGGGAGUAUCAUGCCUGAUGGACUUCUAUACCAGUGUUUCUCAACCUCAGCAACUUUAAACUGUAUGCACAUCAACUUCCAGAAUUCUGGGAGUUGAAGUCAACACAGUUUAAAGUUGCUAAGUUGAGAAAUACUGUUCUGUACUAUUCGUCUCCAGUCUUUAAUUUUUGCUGCUGAAUAACAUCUGGGUUCUUGGCAAGUCUGUUUUUGUGCCAAAAAGAUUAAUUGAAACAACCUGGUUAUGUUUAACCAGGAGGCACUCAACAAAAAAUUGAAAUUCUUGAAAAAGUCUUGUGUGGACCAGGGAACCUUAAGAAUUAGUUACUGGAUUAUUAAGAUGUUGAGUGCUGAUUUCAUGAUGUAUGACUUCAAAUGAAUUUGAAAUGGUGAGUGAUCAUAUAGUUAAUAAGAGUUCACUGCAUUUUUGGAGCAAGACCUAUUUGUUUGGAAAAGUGGUCACUUUUCCACACAUUAUUUGAAUUCAUACAUUAUUCAGUCAGUCACAUUGGAGCCUGUUGGAGAUCCAGUUUCAGUAUGGAGGAGUUGUUGAUGAUCUCACUUAAUUCCACUUAUUUGGAUAUAUUGGCCAUUUUCCACCUACUGGUAAUCCAACUGUUAAGCUGAUUAGUUACAGCAUGAGUGAACUUUUUUUUUUAGAUUUUUUUUUUAUCCCGCCUUUAUUAUUUUUAUAAAUUACUCAAGGUGGCAAACAUACCUAAUACUCCUUCUUCCUAUUUUAAAUUUGUGCUGUUUGCCUGGAAUUGUUGCAGAGAGCAAGCAAGAUCCCUCUUUAUAGGAAUUCAUAGGCAGCUGAGUCUCCUUGUGAAAAAGCCAGUUACCAUGAAGAGGGAAAAAAUGGUAGAUCAUUUUAAUUCAGCCAAUGGAUGAAUCCAUACCUUGGCUGCAGGACCCCUUCAUGCUUUGCACCAUGAGAAUGCUUCUCCUUAAGACUGCAAUAUUAGAUUGUUUUACACUGUCUAGGCUAAUAGAGUAAAACUUCUUUGCUUGAUUUAAAAAUGUGUCACCGAUAGAUGGAAAGCAGAUUUUUUCAAAACGUAAUUAUUUUAGGACCCAGACUUAAUAAAAAUUGCAAUGAUCAUAGCAGAAGAGACAUUUCUUCUUCUCUCAGAAGAGGGAAUGCUGCUUAAGACAAUGUUUGCUGUGGCCUAUGUACACGAUCCCUCCUGAACUAGGCUUUUUUUUUUUUUAACAUAGCAGACCCACGCUGGAGCUUUUGGAUGCUUGUCCCCUGUGUUCAGUGAGGCUUCCUCCCGUGUAACUAUAUUUUGAGAGUGUAGCCUCUGAGGCAGGGAUAAGCAACUGUGACCCUCCCAGAUGUCAUUAUACUGCAACCCCCAUUAUCUCUGGCCAUUGGUCUUUGCUGUCUGAGGCGGAUGGGGAUUGGAGUUUUCUCCUGCUCUAAGAUUCUUGCUUCUCUAAAAUAUUUGAUUAUUAUUGCCUCUGAUUCCUUCAGGAAGUCUUCCAAGAGUGAUUCAUGUGCUACCUCAAAAAUAGAAUGACUGAAUUGUGCUAGCUUCCCUAGUGGGGAGGUCACAUUGAUGUGGCAAUUUUGCACAUGAAUUUUAUAGUUCAGGCGUAAUUGGGAGUGGGAAGUGAUACAGCCUCAGGGAUGUGGCAACUAUACUUGUUUUUAACGUAGGCAUCACUUCUAGAAGAGUAUCUGAAAAUACGCUAGUCCUAUUGGAUUUUGGCCUAUAAAAUGACAUAGUACAUUUCAGUUCAGUUCUUGGACUCACCUGUAUCUACAAAUCCUGGAAUUGACUUUGGCUCUUAAUUCUCUUUAUAAAUUGGCAACUUAUCAUAAUUGACUGGAUUUAAAGCGGGGGGGGGAUGAUCUAAAAUGGAGGGUCUGGUAAAACCAUUUUGCUCCUUUCUGCCAUUGUGGUAGCUUUGGAGGCAUGUAAGAAAGACAGGAUUUUAUUUUAUUUUGCCUACUGUAAAAUGUGAAUAAUACAGAAGCAAAAUUGCUUUGUAACUUUUGAUGUCUCAGGAAUAAUCUCUUAUUUGCAAUGUUUCUGGGGAAAGAUUGCUGCUUCUAAAGUGGUGACAAUGCUGUGACUAAGCUGCAACUAGCUGAGGGAAGAAUCCCCUAAAGUGCAGCGUAAGCUUCUGGAUUUUGGCCAGGGUACUUCUCAAAUGCACUGCACGUUGAGUCAUAAAUCAGAACAAAGUUGGUUCCAUUGUUUUCUUCUGGAACCUCACUGGCCGUACAAUUGAUGAGACAGGAUGGAUACAGCUUUGCUUGGCAGAUUUGGGCAAAACUGAGGUUUAAUCACAAUCCCGGCUCAGCUAAUUCCAGGGAAGGAAGAAGAGAAUAAGAAUAGAGUUUGGGGCGCUGCUAACGGAUACUGUUCUCAAUGUAGUAUUUUAAAAGAAUUGUUUGGAACUUGGGAAUUAACUUCAGUAUGUUACCUUUUCCCUUCUAGUGAUUUAACUGGUAAAGAUUCCUUGAAUAGCGCCAUUCCUUUCACAAGAAAGAAAGCACCUCCUCUAACAGAGAAGUCCAUGAGAUUUUCCCAAAUCAGUUUAGUUGCUGCUUGUAAAAUUCUGAUUGCCUCCGAAGUCUGUUCUAUAAGCAUAGCUGAAGGAAGGAUUAUUCCAAAGGCGAGGGCUGAUCUGGAAUCUGAGUGAGCAGAUUUCUCUUCCUGCACUGCAGGGUUCCUCGUGUGUCUGGAUAAAUCUCCUAAUGUCUCUCUGCUGGAGUUUCCCCAGUUUAUAAAAUUGAGACAGUAGACGCCUAACUAGGGUCGUUGUGAGAAAAUAACAAAUGCCGUGAAAAAGCCAAUAAUGUUCCAUUUCCGUAAAAUUUAGAAAACUGGUUCAGUCAUGGCUACUUUCUCCCAUGCCCCCUGGUUUUAUUUCCCAUCCUUGACUACCAAUACAACUGUAUUUUAUAAUUGAGCAAAGAUGAGAAAGCUGUGUAGAAAAAAAAAGGCUCCGUUGCUUUGCUCUGCAGAGUUGAUCCCCCUAGUGCAUUAUAGUUCUCAGUCUCCUUUUAACGCAGCCAAAACUGCAGAGAAGACUGAGACAUAACAACGCCAGACACCUAAAAUACUUGCAGCUGAUUUUUAUGCUGUAAUUACUUGAAAAACUUCCAGCUGGUAGCUGAAAGAAUAGAAAUAACUGCUAGCCUGUUUUGCCGCCCCUCAAAUUCAGAACCACAAUCUCAUUUAUCAGUAACUUAGUGUUGUAUCUACCUUCUAAACAGAGGCCUCCAGUGUUAUAUGAUCAUUCCCCCUGCUUUUUUUUUUUUUUUUUUUUUUGGUAAAGAAACUUUUGAUAGCUGAUAACUUUUAAGCACUGUUGUGAGCAAUGUGGAUCCAUGCCAAACAUUUUAGGUAAGUAAGGCUGCAGGCUUUAGUCAGUCAAUUCCUUUUUUCGUUAACUAAAAGGAACAGAUUUAUGUCUGCUGUAGCACAUGCCUUUCCUUUAAUUUUUUCUGCCCUUUUCUUAAAACUCUUCACAUUGAAAUACCAUAUAGAUGUAAUCAACUGACUGCAAAUCAUUAAUUAAAAGUCAUUUACUGAUUCUGUCUUUGGAUUUAUCUAGUAUUAGGCUAGCAGGCAAAAAUGCACACUAUAGGGAUAUCUGGGGGGGAGUAGAGAAGGUCAAGCUGGCUGUGAUUGAAGCUUCUUUUUAAUGUGCGUUGUGUAUGUAGCACAUGUAAAAAAGGGAUGGGGCUUCAGUUGCAGCCACUAUCUUGACUUUGGUGACAUGACUCUGGCCAUGUUCUACUAGUGGGUGUGCAAAUGCUGACGGGAAGAUCAAGGAUACCUAGUCUUAAGGAAUUUGUGCUUUGCAAAUGGCUUCUGCAGCUAGAAGCAUUUUAUGUGACAUUUGCACAAAAGGAUUUCACCGAUGGCAGAGGUUUUGUACUAGGAGGUUGAUACCCUAAGAUGCCAUCUUGUCUUUAUGAACAACAAUUAGUGAUAAGUUGAGCCAGCUUGGCUAUUGCAGAGCCUCUCAACUCUCCAGAAAGUAAUUUGGAUGAGCAAGCUGACAUUUUGCAGAGCAAGGUGACUUCCUCACAAGUAAUCAAGUUCUGUAAAUAAACUCUCAUCGUAUUCCAGUAAGGACUUCAUAGUGACUGCUAAGCACAGAUACUCCCUACCUGAGGCAGUAUACAGAAAAUCCAGCAAGAUUGGGUUUUUUUUCCUACUAGUGAAAUUAUGAGAAACACUAUACCAUAUUAUUGAUUAAAUUUCAGUAGGGCCAUCUAAUGUUGGAUUUUACACGUGUACCCUGGAAGAGUUUUUUUUCUCUAUACUCAGUAGAUAAAUGGAAUAUGUACAGUUAGAAAGCCAUGGGUAGUUUCUGGCCACAGCUACCAAUUUAGUAUCCUAAAUACAUAAAAUGAGGCAUUCUAAUGUGGUUGAAAUGCUAAAUCUUCCAGCAUUCUGCUCCCAGAGAGGCCAUGCAGAUGCCAACAGGAAGCUCACAAGCAGGAUUUGAGGACAAUAGCACCUUCCCAUUCACAUACAGAAAGCCAUUUUUCAUAUGUUAGAGGUACUAUAUGACUGCUGUGACUAGAAGCUAUUUACAGUGGCAUCUUACUAAAAAAAAGCAGAGCAAGAAUCCAUCUAGAUAAUGUUUACUAACGUGGUGAAACAGACUGAACCAGAAGUCACCAUCACACCAAGAGUACAUAUUUGAAAACAUUUCACUGGAAGUACCUGGAUUCCAUGCAUUGGGUUGAACACUUGUGUGAUAAUGUAGCAACUUAAUCAUGCUGAAGACUAAGUAAAUGCAGCACAUACCUGUGGUAGAAAGUAGCACAACGCUUAACUAAUAGCCUGUUUGCAGCUCAUUGCCUGUUCAGUUUCCAAAUGUCUAGGCUUAUAAAAUCUAGCAGGAGGCCAAGUCUUUAUUAUACUUUGUUUCCAUCUCUCCUCAGAUUAUGUGAAACCAUUGAAUGUUUGGAGUUUGUCUCUUUACUGUUGUGCUUAAAGAUGCAAUUGGUUCCACAUAGUGUGUUCCUUGUGGCAAAAAAUCAGAUUCUGGUCUUCCAUCUUGUUACCUAUGGCAUUCCAACUUGGUGUGUUGAUAAAAAAAACUUCAUUCUGCCAAUUCAGUUGUCUAAACCAGUGUUUCUCAACCUCCACAA